AUGCCCGCCUCAAGCUCAACCGCGAGCAAACCACGCUCCUCCGGCCCAUCAGGUCUAACAAGAGCCUACCUAUUCGCCUACAACACCACAAAUCUCCUAACAUGGAGUUUCUGCGUCCUAUACACAAUCUCCCUCUUAGCCCCUGCCCUCCCAAACAACCUACACACCAUCUUCCCUCAAACAUUCACCCCCUACCUCCUCGGUACCCAAUCGCUCGCCAUCCUAGAAGUCCUCCACAGUCUGACAGGUCUUGUCCGCGCCCCCUUCCUCACAACAGCAAUGCAAGUUGCUAGUCGUCUCCUCCUCGUCUGGGGCAUUAUGGUUCCCUUCGGCGGACAGAUUGUAGGCGGAAACACUACUCAGCUGGGCGACUAUGCGUAUCUAGGUUGUGUUAGCGCGUGGGGAAUCACAGAAAUAAUUCGUUAUGGGUUCUUCGCUAUUACGCUUUCUGGGAAUCAGGUUCCGAAGUUCUGGACUUGGUUAAGGUAUAAUACCUUCUAUGUGUUAUAUCCUGUUGGUAUCUCGAGCGAGUGUGCGCUUGUUUACCUUUCGCUUGGUGUGGCUGGGGAUGUUAGUCCGUUGCUUUACUGGGGUCUUGUUGCUGUGUUGGCUAUUUAUGUACCUGGUUCUUAUAUCCUUUACACGCAUAUGAUUGCUCAGCGCCGAAAGGUUAUGCGGGGUAAGCAACGUGCUGAUUAG